GGGUAUGACCCACGCCUUCAGAGGGCAAGAAGAAGACGUUCAUCAUGGCUGGCACAUAGGAAGCACCGUAAUUCAAGGCGAAGUCAAAAUUCAGGAAAGACAAAAAUUCACGAAAUAGCGCAACAUGGAGGCGGUGAUGGACAGCGUCGGUCUCAUGUCCGAGGUCGACCAGCUGUUCCACGCCCGCAACCCGCUCUUCAUCCUGCGCCAGUUCCUCGGCGUCACCUGCAAUCGCAUGCGCCUUCUCAGGGAAAGAAACACGCUCCUCUCCUCUCUGCUGUACAACCUGCGCUUCAUCAUGAAUGUACUGUUUGUCAAGGACAGCUUCGGCCUGGUAUUCAUGAUGACGUUCCUGAUGCGUGACGUCGACGAGCUGUUUCACGGGAUCCAGGCACUCUUCAUGUUUCUCACAUUUACGGUCCGGAUGCCGCAUUCCAGCUGGGUACCAAUGGCGAAAUUCUUCCUUUUCCAGUUCCACUUUCGCCUAGUGACGGGAGUCUCCUUGGAUCGCAGCCACCGGCACUUCGCGGCACCCGGCCGCAAGUACGUGUUCGCCAUGGACGUGGCGUACCACGCGUUCGAGUGGUGCCUGUUCUUCGUGAGCGUCACCCAGUGGCCGCCACCAACACAAAGCCCAGUGCUCGUGCUGGCCCAGUCGUUUCAGGCCCUGGCGCUACUCUACCAUACCUAUGUGAUCUGGACAUUCGUGCGCUGGAUCAAGCUCACGCUGCCCAUCGUCCAACAGGUGAGCGCCCAGCCAGAGGAUGGCGCGGGUCACCUGCUCAGCCCCGCCAUGUCUCGACUGCUGAUGUCGCUGCUCGAGGCACAGGGCGGAAAUGUGCCGCUGUUGCGCCUCCUCGAGCGGGUUCUCAGGCUUCAGGAACGGGUGCGCAACCUGGCUCAGAUUCUCGAGAACCAGCAGCUGUAUGUCGGCGACGCCGGCGCUGCUGCCGCACCCGUGGUCGCCGCCGCAGCUGCGGGUCAACAGCAGCUGCUGAACGUCCUCAGAGCAGGACCCCAGAGAAGUGCUGUGUCGCCCGUCGGCGCCUCGGACGCGGUGUCGGCUACGACGCCACAUGCGCGGCGGGAGCGAGCGGCCGACCGGCCGAGCGGCGUCCGCGCCGACGAUCGCCGGGAGGGACGCCGGACGCCGGAACCCAGCGAGCCGGCGGGGCCGCCGCGCGGCGCUCGUUGCGGGCCACCCACGUGACGUGCGCACCCUCGCAUGUCCGCUCGCCGGACACGACGGAUACGAUGCGGCCGAAAUGUGUUUUGUACACGCGUGAAAAUUAUGCGUCAACAAGCUGACAAGUUCUCAA